AUGUCCCGGUUUAGUUAUCCACCGCUUCCUCCAGAGCCCGACGCUACUCGCAUCAUCCGAAUUUUGCCACAUAAGGACCUUGGCGCUCGCAUUAAAUGUAGGCUUUCCGACUACGUCGUGUCGGACAAGAGUGGCACAAAGCACCUUUACGAAGCAUUGUCCUAUGUAUGGGCCAAUGAUGAAGAUAAUGUCACAAAAUCUCGGCGAAUUGAACUGAAUGACCAUAUUUUCUAUGUCACACCCAACCUCCAUGCGGCGCUUGUGAACCUGCGAAACCACCAUCUUGACCGAAUGUUGUGGGUUGACGCAAUUUGUAUCAACCAGGAAGAUAUCGCAGAAAAGAGUAAACAGAUCUCGCUGAUGCGGAAAAUAUAUGCUCAAGCUGAUCGUGUCAUUAUCUGGCUUGGGGAGUCCUUUGAGGACGGCGAUAUAGCUUUGGAAUAUAUCCGAUCCCUUGCGGAAAACAAGGUGCGAAGAGAUAAAUCUGUAGAUGGUCGUCGUUCGAAAAGACUGGUUGAUUCCUGUAUUAAAUUACUUCAGCGAAAGUGGUUUCGUCGUAUCUGGGUCCUUCAGGAAGCUGGGGUUGCACGGUGUAUCUCGGUUAUGUGUGGUUCAGCUCAAAUAGAUGGUCUUGCAUUCUGUGAUGGCCUCGGGGAGUCGGGGCUGUCUUUGCCAACGAUUGUCUAUUCAGUUCUCCACCUUAUUAGGAGUGCAAACUUUCGGUCAAGGCAGCAGAUUGAUUCGCAAGGGAGCCUCUCCAUAGGAGAGCUGAUUGAUAUGUACCGGCUUCACGAGUCCUCGAAUAACCAUGACAAACUAUAUGCAUUGCUAGGCCUAAGUGCUGAUGACCCAAAAACGCCUGCACUGAAACCCAACUACGGAAUCCCGUGGCAUCAGGUCUUUAAACACUUCACUAAAUACAUUCUCUCAAGGGAAUGUUUGGUGGAGACUUGGCCUGGUACAGACACUGCAGUUAUCAAGGGUAGAGGAUUGAUUUUGGGGUUGAUUGUUUCUGUUGUCGAGGAAGUCUCGAAGAAUAGCAUACAGCGUGUUAAGGUUUUCUUGAGCCAUGCUGCACGCUCACUCGGCUAUGAAGAAUACUGGACAGUUCACUACUCCGCAAAAUCAAUUCAGGAAGGAGACAUCAUUUUCCUGCUUGAGGGGACUUCUAAGCCAAGUAUUCUUAGAGUGCGCAAAAGGCAUUUUAUAAUGAUAAAAACGACAGUGAUACAGAAACGAAGUAAAGAGCUGCAGGGGCGGGACUUGGAAAACUUCUUAAAAAGCGGUACAAGCGGAAAUUCAACAUACACUGUCCUGCUGACCUGGAAAAUACCCUUGGCUAAACUUCAAACUCAAGGCCUACUGGGGGACGGGGCAGAGCCCGCCAUUGCCAGCACCAAAUACCAAGAAGAGCCUUCAGAGAGGCAACAACGAUUGUUCGAUAUGGCUGGGAUUUUGAAUGAGAUCGCUAUGGUACUCCUUCAGUCAGAAGACACUGAAAGAGCAGUAGAACGCCUGUUCUCCCAGGAUCUUUUAGGGAUUCCGAUUAUCGAAGAUGUUGUCAAAGCAGUCGCAGGGAACGGAUAUUAUGGCCAUAGAAUCAUGAAGCUUCUUUUAGACCAGCGAGGAGAAAGUCUUCUGAUAUCUGAGGAGGUCGUUAAAGCAGCAGCAGAGAAUACAGGGCUUGAAGGUCCCGAAGUUGUAGAGGUCCUUUUACAAUACCGAGGGCAGAGUCUCCCUAUCACUGAGAAAGUGAUUAAGGCAGCGGCAAAAAACGGAACAUAUGGGUAUCAAAUGAUCCAACUUCUUCUUGAAUCUCAUGAUAGAAAUAUCAUUAUUUCUGAAGAAGUGAUGAAGCUAGCUGCAGAAAACAAGGGGUCUUGUGGAUAUCAAAUCAUGGAGCUUCUUUUACAACAAAGAGGGAAAAAUAUUCCAGUCUCUGAAGAUGUGGUCAAGCUAGCCGCAAAGAAUAACGGGCUAUAUGGCUAUCUGAUAAUGGAGAUUCUCUUACAAUAUCAGGGGGAAGAUCUUUCUAUCUCCGAAGACGUGGUAAAGGAGGCGGCAGCAAGAUCAAACGGUCAUGAAACUAUUGAGACUCUCUUAAAGUUCCGAGGGGAGCGUCUUCCCAUCUCCGAGGAGAUAUUGAAAACAGCAGCUGAGAACCAAAUUUACGGCCAUCGAAUUAUGGAGAUCAUUAUACAAUACCGAGGGGGGAGCCUUCCAGUCUCUAAAGAAGUUAUAAAGGCAGUAGCUGCCAAUGAAGGAUUGGAUAAACAUAAAACUAUGGAGCUUCUGUUACAACAGAGAGGGAGGAACCUGCCAGUCUCAGAAGAUGUGGUUAAAGCAGCGGCCGGAAAUGAAGGAUUUUAUGGACGUCAGAUUAUGGAAGUACUCUUAAAAUAUCGAGGUGAGAGGCUCCCUAUCUCUGAAGAAGUAUUUAAGGCAGCAGCAGAGAAUAGGGCACUACAUGGACCUGAAAUCAUGGCGCUUCUGCUACAAGAAGGAGGCAAUAGUCUCCUAGUCUCAGAAGAAGUGGUUAGGACAGCAGCUGAGAACGAAGGAUCAGACAGCCAUUGGCUUUUGAAGAUUCUCUUUAAGUAUCAAGGAACGGGUCUCCCAGUCUCUGAAGAGGUGUUCAAGGCAGCAGCAGGAAAUAAAGAAAAUGGAUAUCAAAACAUAAGUUUUCUUUUGAGAUACUGGGGAGAGAGCCUCCCGGUCUCUGAAGGCAUUAUCGAGGCAGCAGCAGGAAAUGGAGGAUUUCAUGGCUCUCAAAUUAUGGAGCUUCUUAUAGAGCACAGGGCGAAGUACCUCGUUAAUUGA